GAGCUUUUUGUUCAGUAUUUGGCUACAUACUCCUACAAACAUGGCAGAGGCAAGGAGAAGAACGCUCUAACUUACAGCGACCUGUCGCAUACUGCAGAGGAGUGUGAGACCUUUCAGUUCCUUGCAGAUAUCUUGCCAAAGAAGAUCCUAGCUAGCAAAUACCUAAAGAUGCUUGAAAAAGAGAAGCGAGAUGGAGAAGUGGGGGAGGAUGAAGAGGAGGAUGAGGAGGAAGAGGAUGAAGACGAAACUGUUGAUGAAGAUGUUGGAUCUUAAGACCAACGAAGAAUUGCUUUAGUUGAUCCAUUUUCUGUUGUAUAAAGGAUGUUAUUUUUGUGACUGAGAAUCCAGAUGCUGGAUAUAUUUAUAUACUGAGCCAUCUGCUUUUGCUUUGUUUAAGAAGUUUAGAAAUUGAACUUUAUACUU